UAUGGUGAUCACAACCUUCUUUUUCUCCUGUAGGUUGUGGCCAUAGGAGGCUUGUAUUGGUGGUGGAUGACAGCUGUAAACAAGCUCCAGUGGCACUUUGAGGGGAAACUAAACGCUUAAAUCAAAAGAAGAGGAGCUCAAAAUGGUGAGGGGUAAAGCUAUGGCCCAAUGUGGGCUGGUUCUGCUGAGUUUGUGGCUGUGUAUCCAGUCGGUGCCUAUCAGUGUGGACAAGACCAAAGAAAAGCCUCAGGAGGAGGAGCUGGAGCCACCACAGAGUGCUGAGACUGGACUGCACUACGACCGCUACCUCAGGGAAGUCAUUGAGUACCUCGAGAAAGACCCCCACUUUAAAGAAAAGCUCAAAAAUGCCAACAUGGAUGACAUCAAGCAAGGCAAACUUUCCAAAGAGCUGGAUUUUGUCCACCACAAUUUUCGGACUAAGCUGGACGAGGUGAAGAGGGAGGAGAUGAACAGGCUGCGGAUGCUCAUCAAAGUCAAACAUGACGUCCAGGGGGGGAACGGCCGGAAAUUGGACCACCAGGCCCUGCUGAAACAGUUUGACCACCUCAACCACAUGAACCCCAACACUUUCGAGGUGGAGGACCUGGACCGCCUCAUCCAAUCGGCAACCAAAGACCUGGAGAACUUUGACAAGGAACGCCACGAUGAGUUCAAGAAAUACGAGAUGACGAAGGAGCACAAGAGGAGGGAACGUCUGAACUCCAUGAAUGAGGCGGAGCGCAAGACGGUGGAGCAGCACUACGAGGAGUUGAGGAAGAAACACGCCGACCAUCCUAGAGUCAACCACCCUGGCAGUGAAGACCAGCUGAAGGAGGUGUGGCAGGAGUCAGACGGUUUGGACCCAGACAACUUUGAUCCCAAGACCUUCUUCAAAAUGCACGACAGCAAUGGAGACGGCUUCUUCGAUGAGAGCGAGCUUGAAGCUCUCUUCACUAAAGAGCUGGAGAAGGUGUACAACCCCGAAAAUGAAGAAGACGACAUGGUUGAGAUGGAGGAAGAGAGGCUGCGAAUGAGAGAGCACGUUAUGAAUGAGGUGGACACCGAUAAAGACAGACUCGUGUCACUGGCCGAGUUCAUGGCUGCAACUAAGAAGGAGGAGUUCCUGGAAAAAGACGAGUGGGAGACUUUAGAACAAAACCCCCUUUACUCCGAGGACGAGCUGAAACAGUACGAGCAGCAUCUGGUCAACGAGGAGAAUGACAUCAACAAGAAGUCGGUGGAGCUGCAGAAACAGAGGGAGGAGCUGGAGAGGAAACAGGAAGAACUGAAUGCUCAGAAGUUUGGGCUACAGCAGGCAGUAGAGCAAAUGGAAAGGAUAAAAGCUGAGGCCAAACAGCCGGGCGCUGCUGUAGCUGGAGGUGAACCAGCACCAGUUGUACCAGGAAACAGUCAACCGCUGCCCCCUGCUCACCAGCAGCAAGACGUACCAGUGCCAGGACACUCUUAGCAGAAGUCACUACUCUGUGUGCUGUGUGGAUGAGAGUGAGUGUGCGUGUGUUUGCCUUGUAAUGAUUCAAAUUUUCCAUUUUUGUUCAGGAUUUUUAUGUGAAAACGCCACUUGACAAAAAAAAAAAUCUGCCUAAAUAUUAAGAGCACAUAAGAAAAUCUGAUUUCAGGCUUCAGAUUUGGUGCCAGUGGGCUGCAUAAAUCAGAAAUGUGGAGCUGGUCCAGUGUUCUUCGGGAACAAUCGGCCCUUUUGUUUUUGUCAUUUUGAUCCUUCAUCACAGCAAGGACUCUGUUCUCCAUGGGAAGUGUUUUGUAGUGAAACGUUGGGGGGCUUUUGGCCUGAAAAGUGAAUGUUUUGUUUAGUGCACACUGUAGUUUAUUGUCACUGAUAUUGUCUCUUAGAGGAAAUACUUUGAACAUUAUUUAUUUAUUUUGAUUAUUCCAUAAGAAUGAAUGUCAGAAACGUAACUGUAGAGUUGACGUGCUGCUGGCUAAAGAAUGAAGUGGUCCUAUUGACGUUUUUCACGUAGUAAUAUAUGAAUGAUAUAUUCUGCACAUUUACUGAGAAGAGCGUUAUUCUUUCUUUAGAAACUUCCAUUUCAACUUGUUAAUUUUCACACUGGUUUAAUUUUAAAAUGUGAUCAUGUACUGUAUAUGUAAACGUAAGCUAUCAGACUGUUUUAUAGAAGCUCUUUGGAGGACGCCAGACUGCAACGGUUACCCACAAUUCUCUGCAGCCAUCAUUUUGCCAACCCUUUUGCCGUGAAACUCUUCUCGACUCUGAACUUUUACAAAGUUUAUUCUUACAUAAAAUGCAUAUAUACUUUGGACCGGAUGAUUGAAGAAUAUAUUUACUUUACAGAUGAAGUUACAUAAUUAUAUAUUUAAAUCUUUUAAUUUAAUAUAACUGUGCUGAUGUUAGAGUGACGAUUGUAUGGAUUCUAUGUGUGUGUGCGUACAGUGAAUUUGUGUCAUUUUUUCAUGAUAGAAUAACGUUUAAUAUAUUUAUUCUCUACACACCACUGUAAAUGAAACCGCAGCAGGUUGAAUUUGGCAUCGUCUCUGUCAUAGGAGAUGAGAAACUUUGAUUAAACUCCAAAAAGGGUCAAAAUUGUGUUGAUUAUAGAUUAAUAAAACAGAUCAGCGAUAGAAUAAAUGACUGAAAGAUAUAAUCUUUUUGAUAUUAUGUCCGCCACCCAGGAAUUCAUGAAACUGUUGUACAAGGUUUGAAUGUGGACAAUAAAGUGAAUGAGCUCGCA